UUUCUUUCCCCCAAUUCAACGAAAUUGACACACGCAGAUCUUGCGUAAUCACGUUAUGGUUCGUGUUGGUGGUGGAUGGGAUACAUUGGAACAUUAUCUGGAAAAACAUGAUCCAUGUCGUUGUCGUUUUGGUCAUCAUCGCCAUACAGGUUCCGCACGAGUUUCAUUACCUUAUUCAUCAUCGAAUUUAAAUCACGUGACACCAGUACAUCAAAGGAAUCAGUCGCAGCAGCAGCAACAGCCGCAAUCAAUUACAAUGCAGGUUACACUUGAUAGACCUGAUUCAUCGAUUCGGUUUGGUGGUAAUCAUCAUCAUCAUUCAUCGCCAAUUGCUGCACGUCGUAUGUUUGUCGGUCAACAACAACAACGAUUAAAUCAUCAAGGUAACAAUGAUCAACAUUACCAUCAUAAUACACAUCAUUCAAUGAUAAUGAAUGGACGUCGAUCAUCAAUAUCAUCGAAUGAAUCACAUCAAACAUCUGUAUCAUCAUCAUCAUCGUGUUCUUUGACUGAUCAUCACAAUGGAUCAUCAUCAACAGUACCACCACCAGUUGAUGAACAAUUUGCCAUACCUGAUCGCAAUAAUAAUAUCAAAGGAUUAAUGGCUGCCAAUAAUCAUCGACCUAUGGUCAUUGUUGAUCAAACAACCAAAACAACACCUAUACCUGCAAUACGCAGACGACAGCAACAAACAUUGCAGCAACAACAACAACAACCUGCAAUAACCAAUAGAUCACGUCGUCAAUCGAUUGAGAAUGAUAAAAUAUCUAGUAUGACGCCCACCAAUACGCCUACCACAUCAUCAUCACGUAUACCGACAACAAUUGCAGCAAUAAAAAAUCUAAACAACAAUAAUCGAUUAAAUGGAAGAUUUAUACCUGUAACAACAAAUAAAUUAUCAUCAUCAUUAUUAACACCUGCACAUAAAACC